AUGGAGCAGUUACCGGACUCUGGGCUGAGACAACGGCGUAAAUUAACCGUGGAUGAGACAAUCAAGUCGUUUGAUGCUUUCAAUAAGGUCGUGGACUCUGUUCAAGAAGAGAAGACUGCCACAAAUGGAGUUAGUAAGUUGUGUGAAGACUUUCUCAAAGUUAUUUUAGUUACCAUCUGUUCCUUUGCUCUUAUUUUGAUAUUAUGCGGGUUUCAACUUUGUGAAUAUUAUUACAACGAUGAUGUGGAAUAUAAAUUCUCGGUUGACACGAAUUUUGAUGAGUGAGUGCUUUUACUUUUGAGUACAUUGUUUAGACGGCCGAAUCUGGACAUCGACAUGAUUGUUAACACUCCCUGCGGAGGUUUAACCGUGAUGGUUGUUAGCCAUAGUAGUGCUCACAAGAGAACUCCAGAAGAUGGCAUUAGAAAAGAGCCAACUCGCUUUGAGAUGGAACCAAACGAGCAGUCGUUAUGGAGUAUUCUUCAAGCAGCUCAUAAAGAACAGUUUAAGCCCGGAACGAAGCUAAAGGCACUCAAUGAUGUAUGUUUGUUCAUAUCUAUUUUUUCAAAGGAAUAUUUUGCCGUUUUCAUGGAUUAUGUAAAAAUUUUCUUUCCAGAUGUCUUAUGUAAGUAGCAGUGUGGAAUCCGGGCUUAGAGAUAUAGCAAAAGAUAAGGUGAAAGAAGAGGAAAUUGACAUUAAAAAGCAACGAGCAGCGAAUGGAAAUAAAGGCCAUGGACAUGGACAAGUUGUGAUGAUGAUUGGUAAUGGAAUGGGGAUGUUCCAGCUGAUCUCUGGUCAGUUUAUGAUUUAGACAGGCUUUCUAGACACUUUUUACUUCAAUUGUGCACAUUGUUUUACGGCUUUUUGUCAAAUUUAAUUACUUUAGCCAAUGGAGGAAACGAAGGGCACGCGUGUCGUUUGGUUGGCAAAGUACCAGUUCUGAAGGGCGAUGACGACCGAAUUGUAAUCUCCUCAUCCAAUGUCAUCAACUUUGGACCGUUUAUGGGAGAGCUGGACAAUGGGGCCAAGUCCAAUUUCUCUCAUCGCAUCGAGAGGUUCCACUUUGGAGAUCACGUUUGGGGACUGGUUACUCCAUUGGCCGGGACUGAGAAGUUCUCACAAAGCGGUGAGUGGUUACACAUUAUGUGAUAUGCGUCUUGGAUACUAUUAAUGAAGGCUGACUUGAUUAAUCUUAGGAGGAACAAUGUACAAAUAUUUUGUCAAAGUGGUCCCCACAAGGAUCGUGGGCUUCUUGGGAAAAUCUAUAACCUAUCAAUACUCCGUUACCUCAAUGCAACGGGAACCACAGGAUUCGGGACAUAUUGGAAGUGGAAUCACCUUUGUUUACGAAUUCGCCGGAAAUGUAAUUGAUGUUUAUCCGACAAGAAUGUAAGAAUGGCCUUUCUAAUCAUGGGAAAGUUAACUGACAAAUAUUUUAGGGGUCUAAUACAACUGCUUCUCCGUCUUUGUUCAGUCAUCGGAGGUGUGUUUGCAACGAGUAUUGUGAUCCAAACAAUUGUCUCUAACUUGAUCCAACGAAUACCCUAUACAAAAUUGUGA